CCCGAGCUCGGAUCUGAGCCCGGUCCGUGUACACGGUAUAGUGCGUUAGAAUAAACCUGUGACUUGUAGCUGCUGUUUACAGGAAGUUAAUGAACGGCUUCGGACCGGCCGGAUUCCACAUUUGGACAGCAUUCCGAUGUUUUUGAAAGCUAAAACAACAGAUCAUUGAUGAAGUGUUCAGGAGGAAGUAAAUCUGAGCGACUGAAGCAGCAUUGUUGUCUGAAACUCAAGCGAGACAGCAUGUUUGUUGUUGGUGGAGAUCAUUUCCUUGAUCUUUACCAGCCUGCAGAAGUUCCUUGUAUGUCCGUAAUCAGUAUACGAUAGUGUGUGUGUGUGUGUGUGUGUGUGGUGGCGGGGGUGAGGGCAUUUCUGGGAAUUGAAGCCUCACCUGAACCAGAGUGGAUGAAUACUUCAUGAAGCCCAAGCAUGAUGAAAGGAAUGAGGGGAGGAUUUUGGUUGUUUUUUUCAUGUCACUGUGACUCAGCACAAAGUUCCUUCUCAAAUCCGCCUCUCUCCCCCUCCGGUCUUGGACACACAUCCUCUCCUCUGUGCUUUUCAGGUCGGUGCCGACAUGCAGGUCGUGCUCUUUGUCGCUUUUUGGCUCCAGGUUUGGACCUCUGUAACGGGAUAUCCGACCGGAGCUCCGGUCGGCAGGUGCGUGGACAUGACCCCUCAACACGGCGUCACGGCGCAGUCGGGUCCGUCUCCUUACACCAUCGCCAUCAGCAACACCACCUUCAGCACCAAUCAGGCCAUCACAGUGACGAUUGAGGGCCCGGAGUAUGCUGGCUUGCUCCUGAAGGCUCGAUCCGGCUCCAGCACUGACGCUGUGGGGACCUGGGGACCUCCACCACUCAAUACCCAAUACUUAUCGUGCUCAGGAAACCAAAGUGCCAUCACACACUCCAACAGGAACCGUAAGAACAGCAAUACCAGCUACACCUGGAUUCCUCCAGCGUCCCUCACGACCGCCUUCAUCACGGCCACUGUAGUCUCCAAUAGAACCACUUUCUGGGUAAACCUCACAUCAGCAACGCUGACCAGAGGUGGAAACAGCAACGCAGCAGCUGAUCACAAGAUGGCAGUCACACCUGUUCUGUUUCUCACGCUCCUGAUGUCCACGCUGGUCCCAUACUCUGUGUGUGCAUCCUCAGCGACUUCCCCUUAGUCCUGUCUAAAUCAACAAACACACAUCUGAGCUGAGAAAUAAAGCAAAUGUAGCAAGGUGUCAGGGUCUGUUUAUAUUUAGGGUGAUUAAUGAAUGAAGGGGGAAAUGUUCACGGUGUGACUUGUGCACUGGGUUACGUACAGCAUAACAUUGGCCUUUUGCCUCGGCUAACCCUAAUCUUAACCCUCUACUCUAACUCGAAUUCAUCAACUUGAUUAAAGGAACACGUUUGGAGUGCUGUGUCGUUUCUCUCACUGCUUAUCUGUGCCUGGUGGAACAAAACGAGACAGAAACAAUUAUGAUAAAUCUGUAAGAAGUAUUUUUACCCCGUAAUUGUGAUAUUAAGGCAGUAAUAGGAAGAUCAUUCCGAACUCGAUUCAGUCGCUAAAGCGUGAUAAUGUGACGGCGUCUGUUUCUUUUUUUUUUGUCUGUAAUUAUCUCCUUGUCAGAAAGCCAGAGGAAUAAAUUAGCACAUAGACGCCAAAAUAAGGUACUGAGCGCACACGUGUGUGUGUGUCAUUUGCAGUUGUGAAUGUAGAACACAGUGUGUGUGGUGGAGAUCAUGUGUCACUCACUCCUGAGCUGAGAGGAGUGUGGCAUUUCUGGCAUCUCUCACCAUCAUGGCGUGUGUAAAUAUUAACAGAGUCAGUUCCUGCGCUGCAUAAAACAGGUCUAGUGACUCUAUACACACACACAAUUUCUCUCCAAUAUACAGUCAAACAUAGGGUGUGACAAUAAGAUACAGUCACAGGACGAUAAUUAAACACCACAAUAUCACAUUUCAUUUGGAACUGACAUUUUAAGAUGCGUAACCCGUCAAAAACCUGCGUCCUGAACUGAUUGUGGUCGGAAACUUUGAUGCUCGUCCUAAGAUGGACAAACAGUUUGAUUUAAUAAUAAUAAAAAUAAUAAUAAUAAUAAUUCAAUUAACCAGCUGUAUUUGGUGAUCAUAAAUCCUACACUAAUAGGAACAAUGUCUUAACUGCGCUAUGACUUCCUGAUAGUGUUAAAAUAAUUUCGCUUUUCAAAUACUUUUGAACCGGAUUUAAGACUCUCCACAAGGGGGCGCUAUAACAAAGCUAUGAAUUCAAAUUAAAUGACGCAGAAAUCAGCGUUAAGCGCGGUUGUUUGAGUUACACGUCCGGCUACGUAAUAGCGACGUACGCUCUCGAGAAGAAUAGACCGUCUCUGUUGCUUCUUUCCACGCCGUAUUUUAAUUCGUAAAGACUGUACGCCUUUAACGAGAAUGACGGGACGAGAUGAAACCGCGUUGACGAGCUUUUCUUCUACUUUUGUGCAUCAAACUAAUAGCAGGUCAGAACUAAAUUCGCGAGAGGGGAACCGAAGAAACGUCGGACCACUGCCCCCCCCCCACGGAAUCACUCGAGACGGUCAUUAAGAUCUUUAACUGUAUAUUGGAGGUAUAAUUUGUGUAGAAUGGAGAGAAUCUGAGUUUAAAUAUCGCUCUCUCUCUACCUUUGUUUUAAGAUACAAAAUGUGAAUUGCUCAACUGCUGUGUGCUAAUGCUGAUUUGCAUAGAAUGUCGGGCGUGGCCCGAAACGACUCCACACA